UUCCUCAUGUAUCAUCAUCAUCAUCCCAUGGACUGACUUGUUUGUUGUCGAGCAAGAUGGAGUUCCUUUUGGGAAAUCCUUACAGUACCCCUGUGGGGCAUUGCAUUGAGAGAGCUACUGAUGGCUCUCUGCAAAAUGAAGACUGGACCCUUAACAUGGAAAUAUGUGACAUCAUCAAUGAAACAGAGGAUGGGCCAAAGGAUGCCAUUAGAGCAGUGAAGAAGAGGUUGAAUGGCAACAGGAACUAUAGGGAAGUGAUGUUGACUUUAACGGUCCUGGAAACGGGUGUGAAGAACUGCGGUCAUCGUUUCCAUGCGUUGGUCACUAGCAGGGAUUUUGUGGAUGGCGUGCUAGUUAAAAUAAUCUCCCCUAAAAACAACCCGCCUACAAUCGUACAAGAUAAAGUACUCGCGCUGAUUCAGGCAUGGGCUGAUGCGUUCAGGAGCAGUCCAGACCUCACAGGCGUUGUCCAGGUCUACGAGGAGCUAAAGAGGAAAGGCAUCGAGUUCCCGCUGUCAGAGCUGGAGACCCUUUCACCUAUACGCACACCUCAGCGGUUGGCAUCUGCUCCAGAGGGAGACUCCACCCUACACAAGUUCAGCUCCACUCCUCAGCCCCCUCCACAGGUCAUCCCACCAGCCUACACCGCCCCUCAGGUCCCAGACAUUCAUGCCGCUGGAUCCAUCAAUCCCACACCUGAACAGAUCUGCCGGCUGCGCAGUGAGCUGGACAUUGUGCGUGGAAACACUAAAGUGAUGUCGGAGAUGUUGACCGAGAUGGUCCCGGGACAGGAGGACGCUUCAGACUACGAGUUAUUACAGGAGCUGAACAGGACUUGUAGAGCCAUGCAGCAGAGGAUAAUGGAGCUCAUCUCUUGUGUUUCCAAUGAGUCAGUGACUGAAGAGCUGCUGCAUGUCAACGAUGACCUCAACAACAUUUUCCUACGCUUCGAAAGGUAUGAGAGGUUUAGAUCUGGACGGUCCUCGGCUCAGAGUGUCAACAACGGGGUCCUGAGCGAGGCGACGGAGGACAACCUGAUAGACCUCGGCCCCGGCUCCCCGGCGGUCGUCAGCAACAUGCCCAACGCACCCCCAACCAGCUUGCCCCCCUCCAUCACAGCCCCCCCGGGAAGGCCUUCCUCUCCAGCCACCUUGGCGUCCCGCCUGGCCGGCCUCGACAUGGGUGCUGACAGUGUGAGCAGCACCCUGAGCUCUCUGUCCAGCUGUAAGCCCCCCCCGGGUCAGGACGACUUCGAUGUGUUCGCUCAGACCCGAACCGGAGCGCAGCCCGAACCACGCACGACGACUGCAGCAGAGGACAGCAUCACCUCUGAAGACCCCCCCCCAACUCUGGACGUCCAGCAGCCGACUGCAGGAGUGGCCGGGGUUUUGGUUUGUCCACCUCUCGAUGCUGCCCCUCAGGGUGUCGGAGGCCAGUCCUCUGUCAUGGAUGACAUAGAGGAGUGGCUGUGUACUGAUGUGAUAGGAGAUGAAGGAGAAGAAGGAGAAGAAGGCGUGACAAGUGAAGAGUUCGACAAGUUCCUGGAGGAGCGAGCCAAAGCCGCAGAGAUGGUGCCCGGCCUCCCGUCGCCCCCUGGUGGCGAGCCAGGCGUAGCACAGGGAACCCCGAGCCGCAAGAAACCAGACAGACCGGAGGACGCUUUGUUCGCCAUGUAGACCUUAGACCUCUGACCGUCAGCCCAAAACCAGCCGAGCAGCACCACCGAGGACAGACUGACCCGACACUAAAACACACCGCUCUGGUUAUUCACUACACAGAUCUCUACCUGCUCUCCUGAAAGAAAAGGGAAUCAUUCAUGCUUUCUGUUCAUUACCCAAACAAAGGGCCUAUUUUCAUACGCUACCCGAUGAUGGAGACUGAGGCAGCGCUCUAAUUCUCCUUCCUCUUUGUGUGUGAAGAAUAUCCCUCCGCCUGCUGUGGACUGCAGAGCUUCAUGUUGCAGCUCACAUUUUAUAAAAUCUGCUUUCCUGAUCAUUAGACGUAGGAUUUCCUGCCCUAAGAGCAUGCAUUAAAACCACCAAAAUCAUUUACAAUUAAAGAACCCCCCCCUCCCCUCUGGAUAGAUCUUAUUGCCCACUGAGAGACAUGAUAUUGUUUUGGUGUUUGUAUCGGUCCCUUUGCGAGUCAGUCCGAGUUGUAAAUCUGUAAAUGACAAAUGUCACGUUAAUGAGUCGUGUGUAUAUUUAAGCUACAGAUGUUUAAAAAGAGAUGUUGAUUUAAUGUUUUUGUUUUGGAAAAAAAGGGGGUUUAUCUUUCAGCUGCUCUGACAUGAGGGAUGUACCUCGCCGUGGGGUUUUCAAAAGGGAAGAGUAUACAUUUGACAAUCCACAAAAACUCAUUUGGGGAAAAAAGGGAACCUAGUUUUUAACCGAUAGGCAUUAUUGCGCACCGACACGUGUCCUUUUACCCUCCUCUAAAAUCACAUCGUUGAGGAAUUGAGAUUAUUUUGAGAGAUUUUAUUCGCCUGAAGCUGCUGUCUUAAUUUUUGCAGGGAGAUAAUUCAAUCUGCUGUUUAAAUAUCUUUUACUUUGAGUUGUCAUGAGUUAGAGACACAUAUAUAUGGUAUGAAAUUCAGUUUAGAGGACCAAAAUUGUGCUUUUUACGUUGAAUUAAGUGGGAAAACACUUGGAUAAUUAGGUUUAUAUUUACAUAACCGGUCCUGUCUUUGUCUCAGAGUGUAAAAUGCUGUAAUGAGAAUUCAAUAUCACACUACAAAAGCUGUUUUUACUCGUGCGUUUUCUCCUUUAUUUCCUCCCGCUGACGUCUUAAAAGGGCCUGACCUUUCUCCAUGACAUUUGUUUUCAGAAACGAGCCGGGCUGCAGAGCUACAAAUGAGAUAUUUAACAACGAUAAAUGCAACAUGUUACACAAUCACGACAAGCUUAGGAAACAAGCGUGCUCUCUGACAGGCGCGUUACCUUUCCACCCGUACUGUAAAUCAGCCGGUGUAAUUAAUGCGUUGGGAAAUAUUUUUGAGCAGAAGUGUAAGAACUAAUUUAUUCAGCUCUAUUUUUGUUGAUGUCUUCUGUAUCAUUUUAUCGUGCAAAAGAAAAGGGAGAGAAAGAUGGUGUCAUAACGGCAUGUGUUUAUGUUAAUGGAGUUUAAUUGAAAUCCUUUUUUUUAAAUAUACAUCGCUGCUGGCUUAUGUGUAUGGAUUAUGUGAGUAAAAAAGGGCAAUCAGACACUGAUUCAAUCACACUAUCACAUGAAGGAUACAUGUUUUUAUUCAUGACUACAGUUACCUAUCUUCGGACAAAGCAUCUACAUUGCACAUUAUGAAAGGGACGCCUCCUUUCUCCCUGUUUGUGUUAGUGUUCAGUGUGUGUGUGUGUGAGUGUGUGAGAUCUGUAACACAGAAACAUUUGAUCUCAGUUGAAAAGAAAAGUGUGUUUUAAAAAAGAAAUACAUGUUGUUUCUCUCCUGUUUGAUACCGCCUGGUUUCUAUCCGUGUGAGCUCUCGUCAGUGAUUUGUAACUGAAUCUCAGCAUCAACUACGCCUCCGAACAAGCCGUGUCUUUGUCCGUCAGUGGACCGUAUGAACGGCGAUGCUGAUAGGAGAGGCCGUGCUGUGCGACUGCUGCUUUCUGCCUCAUUUCUCUUUGUGUUGUUUGACUCCUGCAUGAACUCUAAUAAAACAUUAGCAGUG